AUGCAGCCAAUAAAAUGCGUGGUCGUUGGCGACGGCGCAGUGGGAAAGACCUGUCUACUGAUAUCCUACACGACAAACGCCUUCCCGGGAGAAUACAUACCUACAGUCUUUGACAAUUUUUCAGCAAACGUUCUUAUUGAUAAUACACCAGUUAAUCUAGGCCUUUGGGAUACAGCGGGACAAGAAGACUACGACAGAUUGCGCCCUCUCAGUUAUCCACAGACUGAUAUUUUUCUCAUUUGUUUCUCAGUUGUUUCUCCGGCCUCUCACGAGAACGUAAAAGGAAAAUGGUAUCCCGAAGUGAAGCAUCACUGCCCAAACACGCCAGUGAUCCUGGUCGGCACAAAGACAGAUCUGCGCGAAGAUCCAGACACAAUCAACAAACUAAGAGAGAAGAAACUCAACGUUAUCACAGAGCUACAGGGUCAAUCGCUGGCGAAAGAAAUUGGAGCGGUGAGGUAUCUUGAGUGCUCGGCGCUGACGCAGAAGGGACUCAAGCAACUCUUCGACGAAACCAUUCGAGCUGUUUUAUAUCCACCACCAACGGAAAAGAAACGAAAGAAAUGUAUAAUCUUGUGA